GUAACUAUCACCGAGACCGCACCCGACUCCGUCAGGCCUCUAACGGUCAUAUUCGGCCUCGCAUCUCUGUACGCCGUAGGAUUCGCUCUCGCGCGGGUCAAUCAGAGACCGGCUGAGAACAAAUCAUGGCUACCCGACGAUAUCCUGUACGAGGUAUUCUCCUACCUCGACCCUGCAGACGCGGCCCAGGCGGGACUCGUUUGUGCAGACUGGCACCGGAACGCCGCGCAUGCAUCCUACAGGGAGGUCUCCCUCCAUACCUCCUCACCAUUCUCGCGAUCGCUUGCCCGUACCCUUCUGAAUAACCCACGCCUCCGCCGCUACGUGCGCCAUCUAACUGUUGUCCACCGCGCUCCAACCCCCAAGGAACAUCUGUACGAAUGGAUAUAUCUCCUGCCGCCCUUCUCAUUGAAGACUUGUCGUGUCUUUGGGCUCCCCGAGCCCACCGAGAAGUUGCGGAACGCUGUCGCGGUCGGUACAACGCCCAUGAUGGAGAUCGCUUUGUUCGGGUAUAAAUACCCCAAGGAGGUCCUGCUCAACAACAUCUUAUCAGCGAGCAAUCCCGCGCGGCGGAAAUGGCUCAUCAGAAUGCUUGGCGAGGGCUGGCAGCUGAACCAACUGAAGCCGUACCGGACCCACCUCCAGGCCGUCUCUGCAGAGUUCGCGUUCCCAGCUGCGAUAGAGCGCUUCUCCGAGGGCAUAGAGCUCAUCAUGGAGAGUCCCGCGAAAUUCCAUGUGGAUGUCUCAGCGGUGGACGCCCGGGGUGUGUCGCGCAAACGCGUGGAUGCCCUUAUGGAGGCGGCCAGAAAAUACGUCCCCGCCGCGACGUGCAUCUCAGUCACCCUGGUCCACCAGUACUCUCCCGCCGAUGGGGCCAGCGCCAGUGGAGACGGGCUCUCAGAUUCAGGCCAAGCACCCCGGUUCGUCCGCGAGGACGAGGUAACCCCGAACAUGCACCACCUCCCGCCCUCACAAUGUAUGUGCAGCUCUCCGCCGGCCGACGUGGCAAUACCCCCAUCCGCCGCUAUAAGAGGAUUUGCGGGCUUUACUAGCCAGCUUCUCACGCAGGAGACCGCGAGGCGGGUCGUCGACUGGCUGUGGGAGGACGCAAUGCCGGACGGACGGCCGUUGAAUCUCGUCUGCUUCCGCGUAGCGUGUUAUGGCCAACUGAGCUUUCCGGAACCUU